AUGACCGACGAGACGGAGACCGACACGUCAAAUUUCGCAAAAAUGUUUGACAGACUCCCCGCGUUCAACCCGCCCGACACCAACAGCGCCGGCGCCAUCGCGCUCCGCGCCUGGGUGCGCGGCCUGACGGCGCGCGGGCCGCCGGCGCUCGCGUUCCUCCGCAAGUACGAGGAGGACGACUUCGUGAGCAGCUACGACUCGUACCUGCCGAGCGGGACCGGCUCCGGAGCCAAGAAGGCCUACAUCGCACGCGCCCUCAUGUACGCGCUCGAGACGCGCUUGGAGGGCACGGCGCAGGUCUACGUCGACCUGCUGAUCCAGGCCAAAGGCGACAUCUCGGCCAAGGGCAUCUUCCUCUCGCUCAUCGAGGAGUACAAGGCCGGGGACGCGAGCGACGUCCGGCGCGACCUCGCCGCGCUCUCGGCGAACGCCAACGGCGGCCUCCGCGCGACGCAGCUGCGCCUCAAGGUCCUCGCCAAUCAACACCGCGUCGCCACGGGCAUGCAACUGUCCAGCGCGGAGCUCCGCGACUACGCGCUCGACGCCCUCGACCCGGAGGGGGGGCGAGCGGGCGGCGCGACGAUCAAUUUGGCGAAGUCGAUCCUCUUGAAAGCGCUCCUCGCGACGAGCGUCGUCGUCGCGGGCGCGAAGAUCAAGGCGCUCGCGCUGCCGUCGACGAAUGCGGACGGGCGGCCGCGGCGGGCCGUGGCGCCGUUCACGAAGCCCGGCGACGGCUGGCCGAGCAAGCUGAGCAAGACCCACCUGGCCCAGCUCGACGACGGCAAGAAGGUGCUGCUCGCGGGCCGCGAGGCGAACGCGGGCGGCGGCCGCGGCACGGCGGUCUGCGACGUCGCCGCGCCGCCGGACAGCUGCUGGCAGGCCAUCCUCGGCUUCGAGCGCUACGCGGGCCGCCUCGCCCAGUGCUCCUCGAGCUCCGUCUACGAGCGGAAGAAGAACGUCAUGGCGCGGAGCGAGACGAUCAAGGUCCACAUGAAGCUCGCCGGCGGCGUGAAGACGUUCAACUGCUUCUACGACCACACCUACCGGCCCGACAAGCACACGGUGACCUGGACCCUGGACCCGGACAAGAAGUCGGACUUCCUCGACGUCCAGGGCCAGUGGUGCGUCUACAAGCACCCGACGAAGAAGAACUGGAGCCGCGUAUGGUACUCCGCGGACGUCGUGUUGCCGCCGUGGCUGCCCCGCGUCGUCGUCGUCCAGCUCUGCAAGACGUCGGGCACCAAGGCGCUCCAGUUCGCGAAGAAGGAGGCCGAGGCCGUCUACAAGAGCUCGAGCCGCUUCCGCGGCGGCUUCCGGCUCCCGAGCUCGCUCGCGCCCACGCCGAAGAUGGCCCAUCUGAGCUCCACGACGCCCGAUGGAACCGAUGAGCCAGCAGCAGCUCGACGUCCUCGCGUAACGAUGGACCGCGCCGCCAAGCUCGCCGAGGCCGCGCGCGGCCGCGACGCGGCGAUGGCCGUGCAACAGCGGCGCAAGGCGCCGCUGCCCGAGGAGGCGGCCGCGGGCAGCAGCAAGCGGCUCAUGCAGGCCUCGUCGCCGGCGCGCAGGGAGAAGAAGGAGUGGGAGCUCGAGGAGCUGCUCGCGGAGCAGGCGCGCCUCGCGCCCCAGAAGAUGCAGCUGCGCAUCGUCUGGACGCUCCUCGAGGUCGAGGUCGGCCGCGCGAAGGUCCGCGCGCGCGAGGCCGCCGCGCUGAAGAAGACGGGCCGCGUCGCCGCGCCGGAGAUCCCCGCGAGCCUGCCGCUGUCGAGCCGGCCGCCCAAGUCGGGCAAGCAGCUCUGGCGGAAGGCCGGCAUGGGCCUCGUGCUGGGCCUCAAGGCCUUCAAGAAGGACGCGGCCGUCGAGCCCCGCGCGCCGACGCCCAAGGCCCAGCGCCAGGCGUCCGCGGGGCUCGCCGCGGGCGUGUCGAGCGCGUCGCCGCGCAACUCGCGGCAGCAGCGCCGCGCCGACGUCGCCGCGCGCGAGCGGCGGGCCGCGUCGCCGCGGGAGGAGCGGCGGGCCGCGUCGCCGCGCGACCGCGGCGCGGACGCCGCCGCUGCGCCGCGCGAGCACAGCGCGUUCGACCGGCCGCGGUGGGGCCUCGCCGCGGCGGCGCCCGAGGAGCCGUCGCCGUCGAGCCGGCGCCUCACGGCGAAGAAGCAGCGCCUGGCCAAGUACAGCGUCGUCGGCCGCGUCGACGAGAAGCUGCGGGCCGAGCGCCGCGCGUCGCUCGCGGCGUCCAAGGCCGCGGCCGCGGAGCAGCGGGAGCGCGACGACAUGCGCCGCGAGGAGCGCGCGCAGCGCGCGAAGCGAUUCCACUUCGUCGGCCGCGGCCGCAUUUUCUACAUGCGCGCGCACGCGUUCCUGCAGACGUCUGUGUUCCUCAACCACGAGCGCGACUACAUGGUCUGCGUCACGGAGCGCCACGCGGCGAAGCUCCACGCGCCGGUCCUCUUCAAGGAGCGGGACCUCGUCGCCGCGGCGACGGCCUACGAGGCGCGCGGGAAGCACAAGGCGAACCUCCGCCUCGUCGCGCCGGAGCCCGCGCUCGCGGCCGGCGGCGACGUCCGCGAGCCGACGGCGCUGCCGCCCUUCGCGCGCCACUACCUCUUCGAGUGCGGCCGCCUCACGAUGCGGGGCCGCGGCGACGACGCGGGCGCGGACGUGUCCAUCCUGGGCGUCGACACCUUCUCCCUCGGCGACGCCAUGGCGUCGGGCAACUACGUCGACGCGGCGUCGUUCGGCGACUACGAGGCGCGCGCGCUCGACGGCUGGACGCCCGAGCACGAGGCCGGCGACGAGCUCCACGACUCCUACGCCGCGGCGCUCCACGAGGCCGAGGACGCCGCGCGCCGCGGUGUUGUCCAUCUCAACGCCGAGGCCCACGCGGUCAUCGCGCGGAACCACGAGGCCGCGCGCCGCGACUCCCUGGCCCUCGCGGAGGCGCACGCGCGCGACUCCGCGCUCCUCGCGGACCUCGUCGACGGCUACGCGCCGGGCCAGCUCGGCGCGAAGCGCGACGCGGCCUACGACCCCCGCGCGGCCGACGCGGCGCUGCCGCCGCCCCAGGCGACGGCGCCGCGCGGCUCGGCCAAGGGCGCAAAGGUCGCGGCGACGUACCUGCGGCCGCCGCCGCAGAAGCCCCGGCCCAAGAGCGCCGCGGCGGCCAAGCCCGUGCUCAAGCCCGCGAACUACGCCUGGAAGAGCGCCAAGCCCUCCCAGCCCCCGGCGGCGCCCGCGCGGCCGAGCCGCGCGGUCAAGGGCGCCGUGCCGCGCCAGACGACGCGGCCCGCGCCGCCCGGCCCGCGGCCCGCGGCCGCGAAGAAGCGGCCCAAGUCCCACGCGGGCGCGCGCAGCCAUAGCCGCGGCGGCCUGCGCCUCGUCGGCAGCGACAAGGGCGCCGCGGCGCACACGGUGGCGGCCGAUGCGGCGCCCGCCGCGGCGGCGCCCGCGGAGGACCCGGACAAGCUCGACCCGAAUCCGCCGGUGCUCGACAAGUUCGGCAACCCGCGCAUCAAGACGGAGCGCGUCGAGAACGUCAUGGGGUCGCAGGCCGGCGCCGGGUCCGGCGACUUCCACAUGUACCGCCACCACCGGCGCACGGAGAUGCUCCGCGUCGAGCGCAUGGAGCGGCAGGCCGGCGUCGACGACGAGGACGACGCGCACGCGGCGCGCGUCGAGGCGAAGCGCAAGGAGUGCGAGGACCGCACGGCGCGGAACGCGGCGAAGCGGCGGAAGAAGAAGGAGAACAAGGCGAAGCGCGACGCCGUCUACCAGGGCACGGGCGGCGCCGCGCCGCUCCCGUCCGACGGGUCGUUCCUCGCGCGCGCCAAGGCCCAGCUCGCGGCCGAGGAACUUAAGGGCGCGUCAUCGUAG